AUGGCAACGCCGACCCCCACGCCGAGAUCUCUGCCGACUUCGAUGCAAAUCCGCUCCAACUCCACCUCCCAUGUCAGGGUGGUCGUGAGGGUACGCCCUUUUCUCCCUUCGGAGCUCGAAUCCAAGGACAAGGGCCCCGUCCCCUGCAUCUCUGUCCUGAACGCCGACUCCGACCCCCGGUCCGGAGAAGAAAUCACCGUUCACAUCAAGGACCAGUGGACGAGGUACUCGCAGAACUUCUUGUGGAUUUUACGUUGAUCUGUGGCAGCCAUCUGAUGUCUCCCCUCUUUGCUCCUCCGGUCGGUUUGAAUCUUCAGUCGGAACGAGUGCUACAAGUUGGAUUCCUUCUUCAGCCAAGAAAAUGGACUGGACAGUAUUUUUCAUGGAGAGGUCAGCAAUCUGAUUUCCGGUGUUUUCAAAGGCUCCAAUGCAACGGUCUUCGCCUACGGAGCGACAGGUAGCGGAAAGACCUACACCAUGCAGGUAGACGACAGCUAUUUUGUACUCUCAAGAAGUCUUCCUUCAUCCCCCACUACUAUUACUUUGAUCACGGAGUUCGCCAUUUUUUGAAAACAACGUAGGGCACAGAUCGUCAACCAGGUCUCAUCCCGUUAUCUAUGUCGAGAAUCCUCUCCUCGUGUGAGAGUUCUGGAAGCUCGAUCGAGAUUGCUUACUACGAAGUUUACUUGGACCGAUGCUACGAUCUGUUGGAGCCAAAGGCGAAGGAAGUGAUGGUCUUGGAAGACAAGGAUGGACAGGUCCAGAUGAAGGGGCUUUCCAGGGUACGCCUCUGGUUGCAUCAUGGCCGAUCUCCACCCGCUGUAGCGAAGUUCUUCUGACGUUUUCAUUAUCUUGGAGAUUUGCAGGUCACAGUGCGCUCGAUGCCGGAGUUCUCUCAAAUCUUCGCUUCUGGAGUCCAGCGGAGGAAAAUUGCUCACACCGGCCUGAACGAUGUAUCCAGCAGAAGCCAUGGGGUGCUCUCGAUUAUUGUCUCUAGCGGCGGUGCCGUAGGGAAGCUAAAUCUCAUAGAUUUAGCAGGUUUUACCCAUCUCAGACAUUCGAACUUCAGCGUAUAUCAUCGAACACAACGAUCGUUCUAAUUUAGUUUCCCUUAAUCGACUCUAUCAGGCAAUGAAGACAAUAGGAGAACCGGUAACGAAGGAAUCCGGCUCCUGGAGAGUGCAAAGAUCAACCAGUCUCUCUUCGCCCUGUCGAAUGUUAUAUAUGCUCUGAACAACAAUGAGCCGCGGAUUCCCUACAGAGAGAGCAAGCUGACACGCAUAUUGCAGGACUCCUUGGGGGGGACGAGCCGUGCCCUGAUGAUUGCUUGUCUUGUAAGAGUCUAGCCAAUUGAAUCCCUCCCCCCAUUGAAUCCAUGGACUGCCUUCUUCGGCUUCUCUCUUCUGAUUCUACUGCAAUUCUCAUUUGAUGUAGAACCCCAUGUCGUACCAUGAAGCUGUUCAUACGGUCAGCUUGGCUGCUCGGUCGCGCCACAUUGCCAACUAUGUUGGUCCAGACGCCAAGCAGGAGACCCCAAGGGUGAAGGUGGACAUGGAAGCGAAGCUGCGCGCAUGGCUUGAAUCCAAGAGCAAGUCAAAGAGUGUACAGGUGAAGAAUGGGCACUUCUCUCCAAUAUCGGGAAGAACCGCUUCAUUGAGCGCGAAGAAACCAGGCUCAGCUCGACCAACCUCAAGGGUAAUGAUCAAGGAUCAUGGCUUUGCCAAGGGGAGGUAAGGUCUCUUCAGCUUUCUGGUUUGCAAAGUGCUGCUUCUUCAAGAACAUAUGAUUAACUCUUGUUUCCCUUAUUUUCACGUCAUUCUCAGGAAAUUGUUCGACUUCGGGGUGCCCGUUUUGCCUGCCCAGGAAGUAAGUUGCAGCAGAAGCAUUGUAAAUAUUCACUUUUUGUUUCAAGUUUUAGAUUGAAAUGAAUUGUAUAUUUUGUCCAUAUGACUAAUCUCACCUGUCAAUUCAAAACCAGAGAUGCUCCUUGUCGAGUGUUUCGUCCGUGGCAGGUGGACCCUCGCAGGCGGAUUAUGUAGCAUUUUCCGAGGUAAAUUAAAGACCUCCGAUAAUGUAGCGUUCAUCGACGGGUCAUGUCCACCGACUGCUUCUUCGUUCCGGUUUAACGUUUCUGUGACGACCUGAUCAGGAGGAAAACCGGUGUGAGGAGGUAGCAGUCGCAAGUAAAGAGUUUUCGUUCAGUUGUAGAUAUGACAGCCGUGACGGCGUCAAGGAGUCAUGUCAGGCAAAACUCUCUCUCUCUCUCUCUCUCUCUCUCUCUCUCUCUCUCUCUCUCUCUCUCUCUCUCUCUACACACGCGCACGCACGCACUCACGCUUCCAACUUCGCCGUGUCAGUGAUUGCUAACUGUAGUUGGUGUCUUAUCCGACAGGAAAAAUCCUCUUUUGAAGUAAACUCUGAAGGGCAAGAAACUUCAAUGUGUAAUGGCCAUUCCAGUGUUUCCUUGCUGGAGAGUUUCAACAGCUGCAACAUUCUUGAUCGCAAUGAGGAAAUGAAACCAUUUGAGGUUCGUUCUGCUCAUGAUAAGACCAUAACUUUCUCAAGCAGUAAAUAUUAAGAUUAAUAGUUUCGAAAAUCUUUCUCAGAAAGUCCCUGCUGAUUCGAAGAGCUUGUGUACGGAUGAUUCAGCGGUUAUAGACUGCUUCAAGCUGCCGACACCCAUGCCUGGUAUUGCUUCUUCCCUAGACUGUGA